UGUACAACAAUUGCCCAUCUGAUUCCGGUUUGAGCUUUUCGCCGGCAACGCACAGACACACGCAGCUUGUACAUGUUUGGGGCAGCCUAUGGGGCAGUACUUCGUUGAGGUUCUUGCGCACCAGUGAAUCUCAAACGGAGCAAUGUUGGCUAGUUUUAAACCUGGGACACAAGAAUAGACGUUAUCAUUUUUUCCAAUAGUUUAUCAAGUGAUGGACGCGAGCAGACGCAUUUUUUAAAAUUAGAUAACAGUUACAUAAAAUACCUCCAAAAUGGACAUCUAUUCAUCCAAAUUAUCACCUGCUGUUGACAUCGGUGCUGGAAUAUUUCUUUUUAUCAUAGCUGUGCUGUCCUUCGUGGGGAACCUGUUGGUCCUCAUCAUGGCCUUCAGGAGGUCGUCCAGUAUGAAACCACCGGAGAUGCUGAGUGUCAACCUGGCGGUGACAGACUUGGGGGCCGCUGUCACCAUGUACCCCCUGGCGGUGGCCUCGGCCUGGAACCACCACUGGCUGGGGAGCGAUGCCAGCUGUGUCUACUACGCCUUCAUGGGCUUCUUCUUUGGCACAGCCAGCGCCAUGACCCUGACGGUGAUGGCCAUGGUGCGCUUCAUGGUGUCCCUCAGCCUGCAGUCUCCUAAGGAGAAGAUCAGUCAGAGGAACGUAAAGCUACUGUGUCUGUGGUGCUGGCUGUACGCCCUGCUCUGGGCCCUCCUGCCCUUGCUAGGCUGGGGGAAAUACGGACCCGAGCCCUUUGGUCUGUCCUGCACCCUGUCCUGGUUGGAGAUGAAAGCCCAGGGCUUCUCCUUCAUCAUCGCUAUUUUUAUCUGCAACCUGCUGCUCCCCUCCAUUGUCAUCACAGGCUGCUACUCUGUCAUAGCCCUCAAGCUUUACAUCACCUACAAAUCCAUCAACAACAUCAACCAGGUCCCCAACAUUGUGAAGAUGAACAGAAGACUCAUGUUGAUUGCUGUGCUGAUCAGUGCUGGAUUCAUCGGCUGCUGGACACCCUAUGGGGUUGUCAACCUCUGGUCCGUUUUUAACAACGGUUCGUCCAUCUCUCCGGGCCUGUCCAUGUUGCCCUGCCUGUUUGCCAAGACCUCCACAGUCUACAACCCCUUCAUCUACUACACCUUCAGCAAGAGCUUCAAGAAGGAGGUGAAGCAGCUGUGCUUCACCUCGGUCUGUGCUGCGGUCUGUGGGCGCUACAACGCCUGCAACGUCUCACAGGGUCACGUGACCCACGGGGUCUACACGGGGUGUGAGAUGUCCAAGGUGCCCGACGAGAGCAUAAGGAUGUGUACCAGGGACACCAGACACAUACCCGAACUCCACGAACUGUCAGCAGCAACCGUCUCUCCGCUCGCCUAGCAGUGAGUCACACACCCGUGUGUGUCAGUGGAGGUAUUGAUUUCUGGGCUGACGACAACGGCAACUUGUGCUUUAUUUAACGUGAGUGGUGCUGUGUGCAUAAGGAGGCUAUAGCACCAGGAGGAAGCAUGGACAUUCAUUUAUCACUCAUGCCAUGAACUGAGAUGACGAAUCAAUACCUUUAUAAGUACCACUGGUGUGUACAGUGUAGAGAGCGGUAUUAUUGUCUGACCCUUCACGGAUGGUUGAAUAAGAAAGGACACAACUGUGUCAUUCUUAGUCGAUCAGACACAGGACUGACAGCUGAUGAACACUGAGAGUUGAGUACAGGAACCAGGAACGUGAAAAUAAACAAAGGCUGCUGUGAAAAAAUAAUCCUUCUAUGGGAUUACAAUUUCAGGUGAAAGGUAAACUUUGAUGUUUGACAACUAUCUUGACUUUGAAUCGUGAUUUGUGUGUAGUUGUGUAGAUGUUUUUGGUUUGGAUGUGACGAUUCUCCAAAUCUAGUGUCCAGACAAAAGUAUGAUGUUUGUCCGAACCAUAUUAAGUGUAAACACAU